UCAGACAAAAAAAACGAGAAGAAGAAACCCUUACAGUGCAUUUCUCUCUCUGCAACUUUAAUGGAGUUCAAGUUUCGGGCCGUGGACGACCGGCCUCCGCCGUCUCCUUCGCCGUCGUCGAGCGAAUUCAGCUACGCAUUCCAACCAUUGCGAAUGCCGGGCCAAGUCAUUCAUCCGAUGCUGCAUGGUCUAUCCGGUUUCUUGAUGGGCGAUAUCGGGCCAAAUUCGGGCGUAAGGCGAAACCCUAACGACGUACGGAAGCUGAUCGUGCGAGAGCUCGAGAAGCAGCGGCUUAGUGAGGAGAUGAUCUUGGAGGAAAUCGCUCGGCGGCGAGAGCUGGAGGCGGUGGUUCGCCAGGAGAUUGUGCUCUUAGAACGAGCAAUGGCCAUGCGAAGAAUGGCCAUGGGAGCACUGUCCUUCGAGGAUGGUUUCCCCACCGCAAUGCGGAUCGCGCCCUUUGCAUUCUCUCCUCGUUCCGCCGCCUUCGACCAGUUCCCGUUGGCUCCGCUGCCGGAGUACAUUGACCCGGUGGUCAAGCCCCCUUCUGAGCCCGACAAGAAUAAAUUGAUCGUUCUGGCUAAGCCCGAACCAAAUCUUUCUCGAGUAAAGAGAAAAGCUCUGGAACCACCCACAUUGGAUUCUGAUGAGCUCUGUCCGUUUGGUUUGAAGAAGAAGCCCAAGGAGGAGUUGAGUUGUGCCUUAUGCCAUGUUAGUGCAACAGGUGAGAAAGCUUUGAACAUUCAUCUUCAAGGUAAGAAGCACAAGCGCAAGGAAGCAGCACUUAGAAAUCAGAAGAUGAGAAAGAACCCCAUCAAUGCACCCUGUCCAAAGAAAAUUGGGGAUCCAUCUGAACCAAAAGAGACCAACAUUACUGCAAGUUCAGAUUUAGAAGGGAAGUCUCUUAAACAAAGUGGAUCCCAGAAUGGUUCAGACGAGAUAAAAGAGGAUGCAGAAGAUUUAAAACCUGAAAACAUGCUGCUAAUGCUGAAAGGCCAAAAUGCCAGGAAAUUGAACAAGACAGGCAGAUCAAUGAUGCUGCGGAAAGCGAAUGGAUCUGUGGGAUACAAGAAGAUAAAGAAGACGAAGACGGCAAACAAAUUUAAGUUUUGGUGUGAAAUGUGUCGGGUUGGUUCUUUCUGUUCAAGAGUGAUGGAGGACCAUAAGAAAGGGAAGAAACACAGAGGUAAACUUCUUGGUUAUGAACCUAGUAUAAGUGAAGAAGCUACCUUCAAAAUUACUCAAACAUCAGAGGCUGUUCCUGAAAAGCCAGAAGACCCAGAUGUUGCAAACCAAGUUAAUGAGAAAACAACAGACGACAUGAGCAAUACCGAGGCUGUUCCUGAAAACCCAGAAGACACUGAUGUUGCAAAUCAAGCAAAUGAAAAGACUAUAAACAACAUGACAAAGACCGAGGCUGUUCCUGAAAAGCCAGAAGACAUGGAUGUUGCAAAUCAAGCAAAUGGGGAGGUUACAGGCGACAUGGCAAAUAUAGAGGCUGUUCAUGGAAAGCCGGAAGACACUGAUGCUGCAAAGCAAGCAAAUGAGAAGAUUACAAAUGACAUGACAAAGACCGAGGCUGUUCCUGAAAAGCCAGAAGGCACCGCUGUUGCAAAUCAAACAAAUGGGAAAGCUACGGACGACAUGGCAAAUGAAAUACAGUAAAAUCAAAUCCUGCCCCAGAGACUCCAGAGGUUAAAGUAGUGUUGAUGAACAGAAAGAAUUAGAAAGUUGAGCCUCUUUUGCUCAAGGUACUUGCCUUUUUACCUUGUAGUGUCUGUAGACUGCAAUUUUUUUGGUAGAAAAUAUGUACUGCAAUUUGUAUGACCAUCAAUCAGGCUGCAAAAUUCUCUUUCGAAUCUUAAAUUUGAUGUUUUAGCCGUAAGAAAAGUGGGGAAAAAGAGAUUUUAAAUUCAUUAA